AGGCGCAAACUCUGCUCAAAGAAGAGACUAACUAAGAGAGAGCUUUCCUGGCGAAGAGAGCAACUUGGUUUUGUACUUCUCUUUUUCUACACUGCCGAAAAACCUGAGGAAUUUUCCCACAAUUAGCUGUCACAUAAAUUGCUAAUUUACCUAUUUUUAAGCAUAUGUUUAAGGAAAAUGUCGCGACGCAUUCGUUUUGACAAUUUCAACAGUUGUUGAAUGUUUAUAUUUAGACCAAGUGUUGUUUAUUUUAUUUUGUUUAAAUCGCCAAAUUUAUGACGCUGCCGAGAAUUCUUUUUUUGAUCGUUCUCCCCCAUAAGUUUUAUUGUUUUGUGAAAUUUUUUGUCAUUUUUGCACACAUCCGGUAAGUCAGAAGUUAUUAAGAUCCAUUCUAGUUUCGCCGAAAGUAAAUGAUUUCAUUUUUAUUUUAGGCUCAACGAAUCAUUUCACAAGCACACGCAAACACACACCCGCAAAUAGAAAAGAAAGCACCCGCACACACUCACACACACACACAAACACUAAAGAAUCCGGCGGAGGAUGAAGAUCGUCCUGAUCUCAAUCCAAAUCGGGAUCAAGAUCAAGAUCAGCCUAGCGAAUGCAUUUGAAUGCCGCUGAUUAGCUCGCUGUGCGGCAGUUAUCAUCAGUAUGCGCAUCCGCAUCCGUAAAUGUGUCCACAUCCGUAUCCGCAUCCGUAUCUGAAUGCGUAGUCGAGAAGAGUUCGCUUGGGUGACGCUGACGACAAAUGACACGUACUCACUGGGUGCCUUGGUUCUGGCCCACUCCCUGAAAAGGGCCAAAACCGCCCACCAGCUGGCCGUACUGGUCACGCCCACCGUUUCGCAGGCGAUGCGCGACAGACUGAAGGAGGUGUACAACGUGGUGCAGGAGGUCAAUGUGCUGGACUCACAGGACGCCGCCAAUUUGGCCCUGCUCGCCCGCCCCGAACUGGGCGUGACCUUCACAAAGCUCCACUGCUGGCGCCUCGUUCAGUUCGAGAAGUGCGUCUUCCUGGAUGCGGAUACACUGGUCUUGCAAAACUGCGACGAGCUGUUCGAGCGCGAGGAACUGUCGGCUUCUCCGGAUGUCAGCUGGCCGGAUUGCUUCAACUCCGGCGUGUUCGUGUUCAAACCCAGCGUGGACACCUUCGGCCAGAUCACAAAGUUCGCCGUGAAGAACGGCAGCUUCGAUGGCGGUGACCAGGGCCUGCUGAACCAGUUCUUUGCCGAUUGGGCGACGGCGGACAUCAAGAAGCAUUUGCCAUUCGUUUACAAUGUGACGGCCUAUGCCUCGUACUGCUAUCUGCCCGCCUUCAAACAGUUCAGAGAUAAGAUUAAGAUUUUGCAUUUCGCCGGCAAGCUGAAGCCCUGGCUGAUUCAGUUCAACUCGGAGACCAGGGUUGCCAACGUUUCGUCAGACUAUGCCCAUGCCCAGGAUCUGAUUCAGUUGUGGUGGAACAUCUUCGUCGACAAUGUGAUCCAGUCCCUGUCCACCGAAAUGCAAACGCCAGGAAAUGCUAGUGCUAGUGAUCGACCCGAGGGAGCAAUGGCCCAAGGGUCCAGGUCAAGUCCAGAGUGCCUUUGCCUAAACCUAAUGCACUCGCAAAGCGAAUUCGCGGCGGAUGAGCAGCAUCAGCGGCAGCAGCAUGAGUACUACCAGCAGCAGAAGCUGCACCACCAACUGUUGCAUGUCCGCCAGUUCCGCGAUCCUUGGGCAGAUUACUAUGAGAAUCUGGAGAAGGAGCAGCAGGAGCGGGAGCAGCAGCAGCAGCAGCAGCAACAGCACCACAAUCCCAGCCAGAAUCACAGCCAGGACAAUGGGAAUGCGGAUGCGACUGAGAAUGAAAAUGCGAAUGCGAAUGCAAAUGAAUAUGCCACUGAAUGGCAUCAUGACGAUGCAUGCCACCCACCUCCGCCAACGACUCCUCCACCCCAAGCCCAAAUCCAAAUCCAAACCCACAAUGCCACUGCCAAUGCCGAAGACUUUUCUCCCGUAGAUGUGAAUAGCAAUGAGCUAAACCAUUCACAACCACCUGAACACGCCUCCUCAGACACUGCCACGCCCUCUGCCACGCCCACGCCUACGCCCACGCCUCAUCAUUCCGUGCAUAGUCAGACAGUAGAAAUUGCGACAAACCACCAACAAGAACAUGAAGUUGCAGCCACAUCGCCGCCUGAGGCGGGUCUGGCUGGUGCUCUGUCACAGCUUCGCAUCGGUGAGCAGCGUACUCCCGAGCAGGAGGACUACGAGAACCAGAUGCGUCGCCAGUGCUGGGAGUCCGGACAGAUCGACUACUCCGGGGCCGAUUCCUUCGAGAACAUCUGGAAGAAGAUCUCGCAGACGCUGGAGAAGAAGAGCGACAAGGAGUCGGAAGAAACUGAUAAUGAUAACGAUAACGAUAGUGACCCCGCUAACCCACUGAGCUAUGCUCAAUUGCUAAAUGAAACCGCCAGCAAACUGCUGCAUCCGCCCGAGAAAUCGUUACCUUCGGAGGCGGUGAAAGCGAAGCCGGCUCCUAAUGAUUCGGGCAGUGCGAAUGGAGACGGUCUUGACCAGCCACGCCCCUCUAACCGCCCGCAAGCCGCAACUAACAAAGUGCAAACGGCAAACGCUUCAGCUUCCCCAGCCUCAGCUUCAUCUUCAGCCACCUUGAAACAGAGUCCACAGAAGCCGCUUCCACAACCGGAAACGGAACCCAAGCCCGAAUCGAAAGCGAAACCGAAACCACAACCGCAACCGCAGCACAUCACGAUUCAGACAACAGGAAGCGAAAAUAGCAACAGCAGCAGCAGCAGCAACGUCUCCAAGAACAACAAACAGAAGUCCGCCCGCAAGUUCAAAUAGCAAUUACUGAACCUGCUGAUGCACUACAGCUGCCUGCCACACCUGGCGUGUGGCAGCUGCAGGUCGCUGUACUACCGGCGGCUGCCACUGGAACCCCAUCUGGAUACCGAACCCCAACCCGUGCACGUCUAACCCGGCGAUUGAUUCAAUUGACAGAUCCGAGAAAGUAAAAAGCGUAUGCAACGAUGAAUGCCGGAAAAAUUGCUUACUGAGCGGCUCUUAGACGAAGUCCUUAAAGUUUAUCAGGUCAAUUAGGAGUGUUACUUAAUUAAAUCGAAUAUAACUUAACCUUAGUCAAUUUUAAUAUGCGACUUUUUCGCUAAAGCAACGAUUGAUUUAUAAGUGUCUACGAAGUUAUUUAA